CUUGACGUGCGUCACUUGUCUGACAUGUGGUGAGGGUUUCCGCUCCAAAAGGCUGCCAACGCAAAAGUUCAGUCUUUUCUCUCUCAUCAUGGCCUCCAGGACUACUCUGGCGCUAAUAUCCUCUCUUGCUCUGAUUAUAUCCUUGCCGGGGGGCGGGUGUAUCCUAUCGUCGCUGUUGGACGGGUUGUCGGCGGCGGGGGCGCAGGCGGGGACGGCGGCGUCGGACAUCGGGCAGGCCUCUCUGGACACCCUCGCGACCGGGACGAAGGGCCUCCACCGGAUGGUCAAGUUCGGGACGAAGACCCUCACCGAGUACCACACCAACUCCCUGGACUACCUCGUCGGCGGACACAAGCGGGCCGCCAAGAUGAUCGACGACGGCAUCGGGGGACUCGCCGAGCUCGGCCAAAAGAUCGGC